AUGAAUCAAGCCUCCUUCCCUCAGUUGCGAAUCAUCGAUAUAUCACAUAAUCACUUCGAUGGAACUUUGCCAUCAGAUUAUUUUGUGAAGUGGCCUGCUAUGCCAUCACUUGGGACAUACGAAAAUCGGCGGAAUGUCAAUUCCAUGGGAGAUAAAUCAGGCUAUUACCAAGAUUCAAUGAUUUUGAUGCAUAAAGGUGUAACGAUGGAGCUGGUACGUAUUCUAACAAGCUACACUGCAAUCGACUUUUCGGGAAACAAAUUUGAAGGAGAGAUUCCAAAGUCCAUCGGUCUACUGAAAGAGCUUAAUGUGCUCAGCUUGGCAAAUAAUGCUUUCACUGGCCACAUCCCUUCAUCUAUUGGGAAUCUCACAGCUCUCAAGCUGUUGGAUGUCUCCCAAAACAAGCUUUCAGGAGAAAUUCCAAAAGAGCUAGGAAAUCUCAAGAGUAAUCUUUCAGUUUUAAACCUUCGGCAGAAUAAUCUUAGUGGACGUCUUCCACAUGAUAUAUUUGAAAGUCUAAGGUCCCUUGACGUCGGUCAUAACCAACUUAUAGGAAAGCUUCCUAGAUCAUUGAUUUGUUUCUCUACUCUUGAAGUUUUGAACGUUGAAAGCAACAAAAUCAACGACACGUUUCCGUUCUGGUUGAGUUCUCUACAAAAGCUGCAAGUUCUUGUCCUUCGCUCCAAUGCAUUCCAUGGACCAAUACAACAAGUUUUCUUCCCUAAGUUGCGAAUCGUCGACAUAUCCCAUAAUCACUUCAAUGGAACUUUGCCAUCAGAUUAUUUUGUGAAGUGGAGUGCUAUGUCAUCACUUGGGACAGACGAGGAUCGGUCGAGUGUAAACUACAUGGGAUCAAGCACUUACUACCAAGAUUCAAUGGUUUUGAUGAAUAAAGGUGUAACAAUGGAGCUGGUACGUAUUCUAACAAUCUACACAGCACUGGACUUUUCAGGAAACAAGUUUGAAGGAGAAAUACCAAAGUCUAUCGGUUUAUUAAAAGAGCUUCAUGUGCUCAACUUGUCAAACAAUGCUUUCACCGGCCACAUGCCUUCAUCUAUGGGGAACAUGACAGCUCUCGAGUCGCUAGACGUUUCCCUAAAUAAGCUCUCAGGAGAAAUUCCACAAGAGCUAGGGGACCUCUCGUUCCUUGAAUACAUGAACUUCUCUCAUAACAAGCUUACAGGACUAGUACCAGGGGGCACUCAGUUUCGAACGCAGCCUUGCUCUUCUUUCGAGGGAAACCUGAGACUUUUUGGACCUUCUUUUGACGAAGUUUGCAGAGAUAUUCACACGCCACCAUCGCAUCAACAGUAUGAAACACCGAAAUUAGAGGACGAAGACGAAGAAGAGGUAUUUAGUUGGAUAGCAGCUGCAAUAGGAUUCAUACCUGGUAUUUCCUUUGGAUUUACGAUUGGAUACAUAUUGCUUUCGUACAAACCAAAGUGGUGGUUCAUGAACCCUUUCGGCCAAAACAAUCGUAGACGGAGAAGCACUCCAACUCACUAG